UCCUUCUUCGUCAUCUCCUGGACGCUCACUCGCCUUCGUUGCCCUCCUCUUGCUCCUGCGCAAGAACUCAAGCGGAAGAAACACAGACUCUCUCUCUCUCUCUCUCUCUCUCUCUCUGUGUCUGUGCUUCCCUCUUUGGUAUAAAUGGAAAAUUUUGCUCUAUCUUCGAGCAGUCUUCCCCUCAUCUCCUCCAUAAACCCUAAAACAGGGGUUUUUCGAUCUCCAUACACGCCCUUCCUGCUUCGGCGGCCCUACCUCUUCUCCGCGAACGGGAAGCGAGGGAGGAAUCUACCUCGCCGAUCGGUUAUAGCUGCCGCUGCCGGGAAUGGCGGUUCCUCUCGCAUUUCCUGCGAAAAUGAUAGUCACAGGUUGGAGAUUUUUGGUAGCAUCUCGUCGUCCAGUGGUGGCAGAGAGACAACGUCUGUUGGUGUUAGCCCACAAUAUCCAAAUCCACCACCACCUUCACAGAUAGGAUCGCCACUUUUUUGGGUUGGAGUUGGUGUGGCACUCUCGGCAUUAUUCUCUUGGGCAGCAACAGGCUUAAAGAAGUACGCAAUGCAGCAAGCUUUCAAGACUAUGAUGGGUCAGAUGGCAUCUCAAAACAGCCCAUUCAAUAAUUCUGCUUUCUCUGCUUCACCACCAUUUCCUUUCCCGCCAGCAACAUCUCCAUCUGCUUCUGCCACUCCACCUGCUUCUGCCUUCUCGUCUAUGCCUGUUGUCUCUGAGCCUGUGACAACUGUAGAUGUGAUAGCAAAUAAUGUGGAAUCACCACCUGCUGAAGAGGUUAAACUUGAUGCAGAAAAAAAGGAGGAAACCAAGAGAUAUGAAUUUGUAGAUGUCUCCGCUGAGGAAUUGGUGGAAAAACAGUCUGUCCAAUCAAGCGAUGCUAGUUCAAUGAAGGAGGUUCAUUUUGCUGAACCAGUUCUAAAUGGAUCUGUCCCUAGGCAAGGUGCAACAAAAGAAGAUUAUACCAGUAACAAACGAAAACCUGGCUCAGUCUUAUCAGUGGAAGCCCUUGAAAAAAUGAUGGAGGAUCCAACUGUACAAAAGAUGGUUUAUCCUUACUUGCCUGAGGAAAUGAGGAAUCCUGCAACCUUCAAAUGGAUGCUGCAAAAUCCACAGUACCGUCAGCAGCUGGAAGAUAUGCUGAAUAAUAUGGGAGGAAGCAACAGCGCAUGGGAUAACCAAUUGAUGGACUCACUGAAAAACUUCGAUCUUAGUAGCCCUGAAGUCAAGCAACAAUUCGAUCAAAUUGGGCUCACACCAGAAGAGGUGAUCUCAAAGAUAAUGGCAAAUCCUGAAGUUGCUAUGGCAUUUCAAAAUCCAAGAGUACAGGCCGCAAUAAUGGAUUGCUCACAGAAUCCCUUGAGUAUCACAAAGUACCAAAAUGAUAAGGAGGUGAUGGAUGUAUUUAACAAAAUAUCGGAACUAUUUCCAGGGAUGGGUGGUCCUUUGUAGUCCUUUUGCAGGAUAGAAGAUUCUCAACUAAUUGUGAAUAUCCUUUAUCCAAUUUUUCUUCGCUCAAGCAACUACGAGGAUCCAUCUGUAGCUAUGGUGUGUUUGAGCUGGAGCCCUUGAGCUCGCAGCACCAUCAGAGCCUGUUCAGCCGUGGCCCUGUGGCUUUCAUCGUUGAGAAGAGUCUUUUCGUAUAUUAUGUGGGUGCAGUUUUGACAAAUACUACUUGCUUGUAUGAAUUUAGCUUCUUGUUUUUCAAUAAUGAAAUCCAUCGCGAAUAAAAAGUUGGUGCA